CUUGGCAAUGUCAUUGAAAAUAUGAGGAAAAUGUGGCAGAUUCGAUUAACGAGUCUUGUUUAAAUGAGGCUGCUAGAAAGAUGAGAUGCAAAAUAUUCCUGAGGUAUUUGAAAUGUAUAUGUAUGUAAUUGUAUAAAUGGACUCCUAAAAAUAAGUUGUGGCCGUGAAUGUGUCAGCUAAUGAGAACAAUCAUUAGGAUGUGGGCCCUUUAUCGUACUGCACGCGUGGUAGGUGGCGUUUGCCUUUUUCUGACAGCAUAUUUGUGUUUGGCGUUCUACAACUUCGAAGGAGAUGUCGAACGGCUUCGAGCAAGACACAUGACUUACGUAAUGCGGCCAGAAUUGAAACCAUUGGUCUACACUAAAGGCUUGAAGCCUGCAGACAUUGCAGGACAAAAAAAUGGCGUUGUAAAAGAUAUUGAAAGUCAACAAUCUCCUCCCGCGGUGGCUCGAAGGCAGCCAGUACUUCCUGGUAAUCUAUCAGCUCCUCAUUUGUUGCACCUUCGGGUAGAAUAUAUAGUUAAAUCGUCAUUGCUGUCAUCGAUCGUUUUUGAAAAUCUACAUGAUCCUUACGAGGCGGACCACGUUUUACGUGACUAUGAAAGUAAACUUAUUAAAGCUCGUGGUAAACAGGCGGACCAUAUGGAUGCAAACAAAUGGAAACUUGCAGAAUCUUGGGUACAGCCUCAACACGGAAUAGUUCCCCAUCGAGUACCAGGUAACCUUGGUGAAGUGUUACGUGAGCUAAGCACAGCGGACAUUCUGACGGCUGAUAUCGCUACCAAGGGUACCCAGUUAAAGCUUCUUCUCACCCUACGGGGUGGGCAACAAGCACUCUUCAAACCAAUGUUUUAUCCGCGGACUCACAUAAUCCGCGACGGACCAUUUGCGGGAUCGGACCGACAUAAUGGAGAAAUCGUAGCUUUUCACCUCGCAGGAUUACUUGGGAUGCAUCGAACACCAAUUGUCGCUGGGAGACGAAUCAGCCUUGAUGAGAUCCGAGGGAAAAGCACACCUGCACUCAAUACUACUUUUUAUAAAGAAGGAAACCGAAGCUGUUUCUACGGCAAAUGUUAUUAUUGCAAAAGAGCGAAUGGAGUUUGUGGAGAUGAUUCUGGCCAGUUGGAGGGAGCCGUUGUUUUAUUGCUACCACCAAAAUUUCGCCUUCAACCUCAUAGAAGUCCAUGGCAAAGAACAUAUAAAAACGGCGUAUAUGCCAGGUGGGAAACGGAUAUGAGUUACUGCAAGAGAGUUCGAUUUAUUCCUGAAUUUUCUGGACGUCGAAUUCUGGAUUUGAUGGACAAUGCUAUUGUAGAUUUUCUUAUUGGGAACGCGGAUCGUCAUCAUGUAGAAACCUUUCAGGGUGUAAAAGAUAGUCCUAUUCUUCUUCUAGAUAAUGGAAAAAGUUUUGGCAACCCGUAUGAGGACGAUUUUUCGAUACUGGCUCCUCUAUAUCAAUGCUGCUUGUUGCGGAACCAGACGUACCAUCGAUUAGCCAUGUUUGUAGGGAAGCUGGGCGCCGGUUUAGAAAGAAUGACUCGAGAGGACCCUCUUUACCCACUCUUAACGCAGGACCACUUUGAUGCAAUUGACCGAAGGCUUAAAUUAGUAUUAGGAACUCUUCUAUAUUGUAAGAAAUAUUCAAAUCUUACGAUUGUAGAGAAAUGAAUGACUAUCGUGAUGUUCGUUCUGCAUACCAUUGUGAAAUGCAGUGAGGCGUAUUGUAGGAUCGAAGUGACAAGCUACAUUUAUAUAAUUCAGUUGCUUUAAGGUCUUAACUCAAAUCCUACCCAAGUAGUAUGAACUUAAUCGCUGCAUGUAUUAUCCGAUACAUAAUUUGAUGAAAAAGGCUAACAAAGAUAAUGUUUGUCGGUCAGUUUUUAAUCAAAAAUGUUUGUAAAAAGACAGAGGCUAUGUUUCAGAACACGAAUAUAUAAAUUUGCUUAUGCAUCGUUGUAUAUGCAGUUUAGAUAGGCGCAGAAUAUUAAAGCCUAUCAAACAGCCAUCCGCGGUUUUAAUUGACGUUUCUUAUUUAAGAUUAUGAUAUUUUAUGGAUUCCCUGUUUUUGCUAUAUUCGAUCUUCGUUUUUACCGGGCCACAGACAUUAUUGCCCGUUUCGCAAGUAACGGCGCUAAAAGGUUCUGAACGUUUAUCAAAAGAAAUUGUUUCGUUCUCAGUUGUGUCAAAAAAAACCUUGCCAAACUAAACAAUGUCUAGAUGCUAUCUAAAAAUAUUAUCUUGUCCGUAACUAUUUAGCGGGUCGAGAAUUUUGAAUAACUUUUAAAAUACAUGCCGUUUGCGGAUGAAGUCUAGUAAAUAUGUAUAUCAAGUCUUUAACAUUGUACGGCUAGAAGCUCAUACAGUGUUAGUAGUAAACAACUACUUUAGAGCUGAAGACGUCGUUCAGUGCUGGAAAUUAACUCAGAAAAAUUGCGUUUUUGUUUCUUGAAGAUGGAAUCCAUCGAUAACCGUUGAAACCGUUGGGCAAAAAGGUCUUUAGGAUUUAAACGCAAUAAUUUUAAAAACAGAAAUUAGGAGAUUGAAGACAAAUUUCCAUCUAGAUGACUACACCUCAGGAUCUCAAACGGAGGAACAAGUUGCUGUAACCUUAGGGAUUUUUGAGCAAAACAGCGCAUGGCCAAUUCGCUUUCUGUUAGUUUAAUACAGAUUUAUUUAAAAUAAAUAUUAUAAAAUUGAUUAAAAAUAAAUAUUAUAAAAAUAGAGAAUACUAAAAAUGAAAAAGAAAAGUUCUUCACGAUCCAAAACAGUCGAAACAGAAGUACUUUUGAUGUGUGAUAGAACCAUUUGCAAAACUCUUAUCAACAGAAAAGCCAUUGGAAGCACACCGUCGACAUAAACAAGAAGCUUC